AAUACGGUCUCACUGCACAGCAGGCCAGCAGUUAGCCGAGUCAUUGCGCAAUCCAUGGUGAGGCUCAACUGGCUGCUGAUCACCGCAAGUCUCUUCUCAGUAUUUGAACGGCAAAUUUGAAAAUUCAGCUAUUUUGAAUAAAAAUAAUCUAAAACUGGUGAAGUUAAAUGGAAAAUAACUUUAUAGUAUAAUCACUAGAUACAUAUAACAAUUUUUUUUAUUUUUUUUUCUUUUUUUUUUCUUUCCAUGUUGGCACGUGAGGCCCUGCCUCCCCUGACUGGACGUCACUGCAGGGAGCGCAUGCACACAUACAAAAGCAGUCCAUGAGAACCCCAAAAGAAGCUAAUCAACUCUGCAGAGGACUGUGUUGACGAGGCUCUCUGUGGCCUUGUCAGGGCCUCCGGUGGCCUUUCUCUGCUGCAGGGCCACCGUGUCGUUCUCCGUUCCGACCUGGACAAUGUGAGGGGCAAAGUGGCACUGCUGGCAGGAGGAGGCUCAGGCCACGAGCCCGCACACGGGGGGUAUGUGGGUGCUGGGAUGUUGUCUGCAGCAGUAGCAGGAGGAGUGUUUGCGUCUCCGCCUCCUGCUGGAAUCCUGGCUGCCAUUCUGUGCCUACACAAUGCUGGAGCAUCUGGAAUCCUUGUCAUUGUAACAAACUACACCGGAGAUCGCCUCAACUUUGGACUGGCCACAGAGCAAGCGUGCAACCGCGGUGUGGCUGUCAAUAUGGUCAUCAUUGCUGAUGACUGCGCCUUUGAACGCCCCACGAAGGCGGGGAGAAGGGGCUUGUGUGGCACUGUUCUCAUUCACAAGCUGGCAGGUGCCUUAGCAGACGAAGGCUGCUCAUUGGACCACAUUGUUGCCAUGGUGACAGAGGUGUUAAAGGGCACAGGUACACUUGGAGUCAGUCUAUCCCCGUGCAGCGUUCCCGGAUGUCGGCCUUCUUUUGAGCUUCCCCCAGGGGAUAUGGAGCUCGGCUUAGGAAUCCAUGGAGAACCUGGUGUCAAAAGGUCAAAGGUGGAUUCUGCUGACCAAGUGGUGUCAGCCAUGAUUGAUCACAUGACCAACGCAGAGAGUCAGUCACACUUGGACCUGAGGAAAGGUGACCAGCUCAUUGUGUGCGUGAACAAUCUGGGAGCGCUGUCAGGUUUGGAGAUGGCCGUGGCGACGCGGGCCGCGAUCAUCAGUCUGGAAAACCGUGGGAUGGUAGUCGCCAGGGUGAUGUCUGGGUCUUUCAUGACGUCACUAGAGAUGGCUGGAAUGUCGUUGACACUGAUGACGGCCAGUUCGGAAAUACUUAGACUCUUUGAUGCCAAGACCAGUGCCCCUGCAUGGCCAAAUCUCAGCAGUGUGCAUGUGAGCGGACGCAACCAUUUCACGGACGCCCCCAGUGUGCCCACAGGAGUGCACAGCGAUACACAGCCAGAAGGACCAAACGGUGCUGUGAUGCGGGCUGUGUUGGGGAGGGUUUGUUCCACACUUUUGGAAAAACAGGAGGAGCUCAACGCUUUGGAUCGUGCUUCUGGGGACGGCGACUGCGGGAACACUCACGCGCAGGCGGCCAGAGCCAUUCGGGUGUGGCUCCAGAGUCACAUAGUCCCCGGUUGCCCCAAGCAACUGUUAUCCGCCCUCGCUAAAUUGGUGCAAGAGAAAAUGGGCGGGUCUUCAGGAGCAUUGUACAGCUUGUUCCUCACGGCAGCGGCCGGUCACAUGACAGAGAGGCAAAGCAGUGCUGCAACGUGGGCCGGUGCAAUGCAUGCUGGGAUGCUGGCCAUGAGAAGAUAUGGCGGCGCUGAUCCAGGAGAUAGAACCAUGUUGGACGCUCUGUGUCCUGCUGUAGACGAGCUGAUGAAACUAAACACAGCACCUCCCGGUGCAGAGAUGACCGUACUGCAAGCUGCUAUACGGAGAGCUGCUGCUGGCGCAGAAUCCACUCGCAGUCUUGUGGCUAAGGCGGGUCGAGCCAGCUACAUCGCCUCUGAGCGACUCACUCUCCCCGACCCAGGGGCCAAGGCCAUUGUCGCCAUUUUGAGUGCCGUAUUUGAGGCGCUUAAUGAGCAGCGGUAGUAGAACCACAAAGCAGAAUUAACUUUGUGCAUCAAAUAAAGUUUUCAAGACACUGA